UCCAGCAGGCAGAGAGGCCAAGGGGAGAGCAUGAUGAUGGACCUUUUUGAAACUAGCUCCUAUUUCUUCUACUUGGACGGAGAAAAUGGAGCUCUGCAGCAGCUGGAGAUGGCAGAGGGGUCCCCCCUGUACCCAGGCAGCGAUGGCACUUUGUCCCCCUGCCAGGACCAAAUGCCCCCAGAAGCCGGGAGUGACAGCAGUGGAGAGGAGCAUGUGCUGGCACCCCCGGGCCUACAACCCCCUCAUUGCCCCGGCCAGUGUUUGAUCUGGGCUUGUAAGACCUGCAAGAGGAAAUCGGCCCCCACCGACAGGAGGAAAGCAGCCACCCUGCGGGAGAGGAGGCGGCUGAAGAAGAUCAACGAAGCCUUCGAGGCUCUGAAAAGGAGGACUGUGGCCAACCCCAACCAGCGGCUGCCCAAGGUGGAGAUCCUGAGGAGUGCCAUCAGCUACAUAGAGAAGCUGCAGGAUCUCCUGCACAGGCUGGAUCAGCAGGAGAAAAUGCAGGAGAUUGGGGGAGACCCUUUUAGCUUCAGCCCCAAGCAGGGAAAUAUCCCAAGUUCAGAUUUCCUGAGCACCUGCAACUCCGACUGGCAAAAUGUUUCUGAUCAUUCCAGAGUGCUAGCGAUCAAUGCCAAAGAAGGAGCCUCCAUCGUUGAAUCUUCAGCCUCUAGCAGCCUUCGUUGUCUUUCUUCGAUAGUGGACAGUAUUUCUUCAGAAGAUCCCAAACUUCCCUGCGUGGAGGAAGUGGUAGAGAAGUAGACCUGCAUUUGGCCUGAUAGUAUUUUGAACGCAGAUAACAAGGAACUCACCCCACAACCUCUAAACGAAUUAAUUAAUUAAUUUAAUAUU